GACCUGGGAUACAUCAUGGAUCUGAUAUUGAUUAGUAAAGAACAACUAGACAAUAAGCAAAAAAUGGCAGAAAAUGAAUUUGAGAUUUUUGAGCUUGAAGAGGCUGAUGGUAAACGGCACAGUGCCUUGCACAUUCCUAAGACACUUCCUUCACAGUAUAAUUCAGAGAGUGUUAUGGAGAUCAAGGAUGUUUUAAAUAUCUUUAUGGGAGAUGUAUCAGGGUCCAUGUGCACAUAUUGGCUACAUGUUGUUGAUGGAUGGCAGAAUCACAUAAAGGACAAAUUGACAGGCACUACUAAGAUCUUUGUUUUUGGAAGUAAAGUAUCCUUUUUACGUGUUGGUACCGAGCUUAAAAAAGAAGAUAAUGGAGGAGGAGGAACAGAUUUAACAUCUGCGUUGUGCACAGUUAGAAAGGAAGUGGAUAAUUCUUCAGAAAGUUAUGUGAAUAUAUUCUUUGUCACAGAUGGUGAACACAAUAGUGGUGAUCCUACUCCUGAAACUGAAAUUGCUUUGAUGAAACCCCCUGAUGGGAAAACUGUUAGUGUUUAUUUGCUUGGAAUUGGCCCUCAUUUUCCAGUAAAUUACAGUGUAGAUAUAAGGUCUCAUAUGCAUAAUGGUAAUGCAAACAUUCCUACAUUAUUCUGGGCUAAAAAGUCUGAUGAUAUUGUUGAUGAGAUGAUAGCUAUAGGGGAUGAGUUGAGCAGUGGCUUAGUGAAAUUAAAUCUGAGUGUGGAAGGUCAUAUUCUUCCAGGGUUAGAUAAAACCACCUUGGUUCAUUUGGGAGAAUGGAUUUAUUUUGAGCAGUCCCCUGAAGAACUGCCACCCAUUUCUGUCAGGAUAAAUGAGGACACCCUGAAGCCAAUUAUAUCUUCUCCAAAGCCAAUAACAGCUCGCCACCUACUUGAUGGGCCUUUCCGACAAUGGAAUUCAGUUCUUAUCCAGCAGCAUCGCAAGAAAGCUCAUGUACCUCGUGAAGUAUUUGACCUAAUGGAUUCACUAUUUGGUUAUUAUUCGAAUAUCAUAGAUCAAAGUUUACCUAAAGGUUGUGACAUUAAGUCACGCUUGAUUAGAAAAAGAAUGAAGUCUGAUCAAGUAGCAUUUCAAACUCUUAUGAAUCAAAGCAAAUCAAUAAUUGAUGUAGAAGGAAAGUUUAAGAAUGAGUUAGAAUUAGCUGAAACCAUUUUAAAAAGCACUGUUACAAAUCGGAAGUAUGAUACCAAAAAUCUGAAACUGAAAGGACAUGGUCAGGACGAGUUUGAAGGCGACUUAAAGGAAUUUAAGAAGUUAUAUGGAGAUUUAAAGGUAGAAAUACAAAAUUUGCCACCCCCAACUCCAGAAGAUUGUUGUAGAGUUCUAAUGACAUCUACUUUAGGUGACCUUCAAGAUCCAGACUUUGGAUUAAUAUUGGAAGAAAAUAAGUUUGAUUUGUUAAAGACAUUCACUAUGACAGGAAUACCAGUAUAUGCUCCAAUAAGAGAUGCUUCUCAGUUUAAUCCUUGGACACUAGUUAUCAAGAAUAUUUUAGUCAAUCCUUUCACUAUUGUUUGUCAGCAAGUGCUUGAACAUAGUGCAGCUAUAGAUAUAAAAAGUUUAGGAUUGGAAGACAAAGAUGUCAUUCUUCAGCAAGAUAAUGAGUUAACAAGAUUCAAUGCAGUCAUUCCCAUUGUUCCUGCUGCAGCAGCUGAAAUUUUGAAGCCUCUUGUCCUCUCAAAAAUUUAUGCCAUGAUGUCCACUUUUUGUAUUUUGAAAAACCCUCAUAUAAUUGAUUUUGAUGCUCAUUUAGCUGCUCUUGCUUGUGCUUGGAUGAAAACUAUAAGAAUGUUCCCUCAGGAGAACCGACCACAGUUUGCUGCAGAUAGACUUUUUAAUAUUGUUGCUACGGCUAAUCUUUACAUGGGGCGCUCUUCUGUAUCUCGCUAUGUCGGUGCUCUCACCAGCUGUCCAAAGCAGGCUCUAAUGACUGAAAGCAUUGAUGAAUUUGAUGGCAAAACAUUGAAAUGUGAAUCAUUGGUUAAGCCUUGUUUUUUUGUGCAUCUCAACAAGGAUAAAUUUUCUUUGGAGGAAAGAGCUGUUUUACUUGAACUUAUGCUCUUUGAGUUUAUAGGCCGUUGCCUUUCAAAUUACAAGGUUGAUGAACCAGAAGCUUCUCCCUACACAGACUUUUUUUGUGCAGACCUAACUGACAAGGAGAAACGAAAGAUUUGGCUGUCAGGAUAUUGUAAGGAAAUUAUUGAUUCUUAUCAAGCAAAUGAAGGUGGACUUCUUGAGAAGUUUUUCACAUUAGAUGAUUUGGUCCCAUCUCUCAAACAUUUCAUUUCAAAGGAGGUUUCAUUACUAACUGACAAGAUUACAUCAGAACUGAAAAUUGCUGUUGACAUUAACCAGGUAAAGAACCUGCGAAGUUAUGCAGCUUGUGGAGAUGUGAGGUGGACAUCAUUUAAAGCAUGGGCACAUGAAAUGGAAAUUCCAGAAGAGAGAAUAGAUGAAGCAUUUGAUGCAAGUAAGGGACAAAGAUGACGCCUAAACGAGUUGGAUUGAAAUGGGUAUUGACCUAUUUGAUAUGGUUAUGAUACACAUUAGGAGCAUGGAGAAUAAGAGAUAUGAAGAAUUUAAUAAAUUCCAAGUAGCACAAC